AGAUAUGUUCCUUGGAUACGAUUCAUGUAAAAAGACCGAACCGUUUGAAGCGACAUACUGCGUAUGAAGAAGGUAUAUUGCGAAUAGCAGGAUUAACAGUAAUAGAAAACGUUUUUGCUGUCUUUUUGGAUCUGUCCUAUACUCUUAUUCGUGCGUAUAUAAUCGACGUGUCAUCUGCUACGCUAAUAAAAAUGUUUUCUUUUUCAUGAUUCUCUAUCUACAACAAACGCUGGUUGAAGGCGCUAUUACACAUAUCACUGCGCUGCGUGAUUUUAAUAACGAAACCAGAUGCAUCCUUGCUGUCGGUCAGGAUUCGUCGCUGGAUGUUGGAAGAAAUACAACACAAAAUUGCGACAAACAGGCGUGCGUCAACAUCAUUGAGCUCUAUGCCAAUAACAAGAAGAAGUGGCUCUUCAUAAUUCGUCCUAACAAACUGAACGAAAUGUGUGAAAUUACAUCCAUGCGAUUGAUUCCAGCAACCGUGGGUUAUUCUGUUAUUAUCGCUUUUCGUGCUAUCAGUGGGAAUGCCUCAGAGAUUGUUCGUCAUACAAUUUCAUCGUCUCAUGACGGACAACUAGAUUUAGAAGUGACGAUACCUGGAUCCGAACGGCUCCUGGAUGCGUACCCGUUUAAAGAUACCUGUUUAGCACUUACACAGCGGAGACUUGUUCAGAACCCUAAUGAUUCUAAUGUGUCUUGGAACGAUCGUCUUCUGUUAUUCGAUUCGUGUGGAAACGUCGAAAUAACGGACAAAAUAACUGGGUCUAAGCAGGGUGGAUUCAGUAACAUGGGCUCACUCACGGUGGCUACCACCAACCAGUAUUCACGAGGGUCCUCUGUAGAAAGCCAAUCCCAAGCGACAACAGAUUAUGACUCGACUGCCUCUGCCGUUAGUGUAGAGUUGGGUGAUACGCAAGGAAGCCAAAGUGGCUUUAAUACUCAAGAUAUGCUUCCAAGGGACGAUGCUGGAGAUAUUGCUGCCUUGGAGCAACAACUGGACUAUGUACAAGAAGUAACUAAUGCAGCACCAGAUGAGAUACUUACUGGUGAUGAGCAUCUGUCACAAGAAACAGUCCUUGGUGAAUCGUUCCAGCAGGUUGUUGAACAAGGGAUGAUUACGACAGAAGCAACCCAUGUCGACGAGCGACAACAAACGGCUAUUUGCGAAAUCCCAACUGUUACCGAAACUCCACAAAGUGAAACGCAUGGUGCGGACAGCGGCCCCUACAAUGAGAUGGCAAUAGACAUGGAGGAACAAGAUGAGCUCAUGGAAGACGAAGAAGGAACUAUUGCUAGCGCUAAAGAUGAAUCUCAGGGUGGUCUUUUGGAGAAUGAUACUACAGAGGGCGAGUUCGUUGACGAGGCAUUAAUAUACCAUCAAAGUGAAACGCACCUAAUGGAAGUUGAAAACGACAAAGCUAUUACUACUUCCAAAUACCCUGAUUACGAAGCAGAAUUGCAGAUUGUACCGUCUAUUACAGCUGAGCCGACAUCAGAUACUUCCAUAUCCUCGGAAGACGAAGAAAGAUGCCCAAGAAUGACUGAAAAGAGAAGAGGAGAUGUUGAUGCUUCACCAGAUACAUCAGGAACAGAGGAAUCGGAACCCCGGGCGAUCUGUGAGCAACAGCUUUCUGAUUUGGAGCAAGACGGCAGCGAAUUGGCAUUGGAGGAGGAUAAAUCAGACAGCAAGAUUGAACCGGAGUCUCAAAGCGUUGUACCUGCGGCAUUGAAUGACCGUUUCCCCAUGCCGCUGGUGGAGGAACAAGCAGCGCUUUCCUUACCUCAUUCUUUACCUUUUUCUGCGCACUUUAUUCAAAAGGCUCCGUCACCACCGUCAUUACCACAACCACAGCAAAAACUGCUACCGUGUCAACAAAAGCAAGAACCACACACGUCACCGUCUCAUACCCUUACAUCCGCCGAUAAUAGUACAGUCUGGUCCACCUUUGCUACAACAACACCAUCAUCCAGUACCACCUCAUCGUCCAAAAUGCUGCCUGCAUUUGAUUAUGACAGCACAUCCCCGUCUCCUUUGCGUCUCAGCGAUGAAGACCACCGUUCUUUAUCAUCACCUUACGUGCACGUUCCAAUGCCAAUACAAGAAGAAACAGAAACAAGUUCACAACGGCAACCUGACUAUGAUGAUUCCUACAACGACUACCAAAAUGAUGACGAUUACUACGACAAAAGCAUUGUGCCUGUAUAUAGUCCUACCAUGACACAACAAAAACAACAACAGCAACAGUUACCUAUCCGUCGACACGAAGCAGUGAAUGAACAGUUGUUCAUUGAUCUGAUACUCCAAGAGUUAUUGGGUCAUGAAUAUAACAAAAACUAUCCCAACUUGAGCGAUAAAUUUUCACUGCUUCUUGCACGUCCGGCGGAUAAACAACAACCCAAUUACCAAGCACAUACAUUCGCUCGAUAUUACAGCAGUCUGCGCGAUUCUGGUGAUGCAGUAACUAGCACGUCGCUCAUUCAUAUAUCUGAAGCGGAUGCAAACUUGGUCACUGCUUACUGGUUGUUUGACCGAUGCGAGUAUACUCGGGCUCUGACUUACUUACAAAGCGAAAAGUGCAGCAGUUCCUCGUACGAUUUCAAGAUCAUGAAGACAUUGGAAAAGGGUCUUGGUGUGCAAAAAGCCCACCGAUGCUUAGAGGAGAUUGAAGCGACAAGAGGAACCGAUACUGCCAUAUUCCAACCUAAUUCCUGGGUGCACUUCCUCCGAGACAUCUCUCUGGAGAGUGUUUUUAAGUACAUUAAGUCAACACCUAGAGACAUGGAUAUCCGGAACAAUCUACUCGUCACCGUGUGCAAAGACCUUUUCCAAGGCUCUACAGUCCCAUCUACCCAAGAAAUCCGAGAUCUUGCCGUCUUUGACCACAACGAAGAACAGCGACAGCAGUUAUUUUCGUUUGCAAAGAGCAUGGAGACAGUUGCAUCCAAGACACUCCUCAUGUACCUUCAUCUCAAAACAAACCAAAGAACACAAUUUGGUGAGGCAGUAAUACUGAACCGUGCCAUACAAGCAACCAAGCCAGAAGCAGGCCUUCUUGUGACAGAUGAAGAAGCGCUAUAUCGACGAUGUCAGGAGCUAGAGGAUUUGGUCUACAGCCAUGAACCCAAGAAUGCACGCCAUUUCCUGCCAGAAUGGUACUUUUUCCCACCUGGGCAAGCAAAACCACCAUACGACAAGCUUUUCCGAGAAAACCGAACAAAAGUAGGUUCCAUGCUGAUGAUCGAUGCUAUGGCAAGGAAAAUGGCUGAGGCAACUGGCAGCAACAAGAGGCCCCAUCGAGAAGACGAUGAAGAAGACGGCCAAGAACGAGAAGACGAUUGUAAAAAAGCUCGUAGAAUGUAAAAAAGCCCAUUACUCUCCCCCAACCACCAGAACCCUUACUUUGCAUUUGUAAUUAGAUUAUACCAGCGUUAUUACUUCAAAGCUAUAAGCAAUAUCUGCAAACAUCGCUCCCCACACCAUUUAUUCAUAAAUUUGCAAAUUUUAUAAGCGCACAAACUCUAAAAAUAUCGUUCCUCUCAUAGUCCAUCGACAUGAAAGUUGUCGACCCUUGAAAAGGACCAUCAUUGUUUCGGACUGCUGUCAAUUCACCAACCGUUGGUCUUUUC